GAAAAUUAAUUAGUAAGCAAUUAAUCUGACUAAUAUUUUAUAGAUCAAUAUAGUUGAUAAAAAAAAAAUGGCCGGUGUAAGAGAUGAUGAAAAAGCUAAACCAUUCCUAGUGAAGAUAAGGAAGGAAGAGGUUGUGGCACCAAUAGCUUCUACGCCAGAGCAAUGGUUACCAUUGUCCAACCUCGACCUUCUAUUCUUAUCAAAAACCGAUGUAGCAACUUUCUUCGUCUUUAAGAAGCCUGUUGUAACAAACACGCCAAACCUCGAUGCUCGUUCUUUGAUUACGAAUAUGAAGAAGGGCUUGGCUCAAGUGUUAGUGCCAUUCUUUCCAGUAGCUGGUGAACUAGUCCACAACUCGGUUGGUGAGAUUGAGAUUUGGUGCAACAACCGCGGUGUUGAUUUUGUUGAAGCUUAUGCUGAUGUUGAACUUGAAAAACUCAACUUGUAUAACCUUGAUGAAAGCUUUGCCCUAGGCAAGUUGGUGCCUGAGAAGAUUCGUGGCAUUCUUGCUGUUCAAGCAACGGAGCUCAAAUGUGGCAGUGUAGUGGUCGUAACCCUAUAUGACCAUCGCUAUGCUGAUGGCUACUCAGGCAGCAUGUUCAUAGUAUCAUGGGCUGAAUUCACACGAUCUAAACCUCUUAUGAUCUAUAAUCGCCCCUCAUUUCGCCGAUCUUUGCUCAUUCCUCGCCGCCUUGGUUGCAUUGACACCUCUGUCCAAGAUAUGUAUGUAGACACAACUAUCACUAGUAGUACUCCUAAUAACAAAAACCCUACUUCACCAACUACACUACUCAACAAUGAUCAUAACCCUAACAUAAGUACUAUAAGUAGUCGCUUGUACCAUAUUAAAGCUGAACAUAUCAAACAACUACAAAUCCAAGCUUCCUUAAACAACACCAACAUAACUAAGAUUGAGUCUUUUGGUGCUUUCUUAUGGAAGAUGAUUGCGAAAUAUUCUCUAGCGAAUAAUAAUAAGUAUGUCAACGACAACAAGUUAUGUAGAAUGGGGUUUUUUAUUGAGGGACGAAGAUUGUUAGCUCAAGAUGAUGCAUUGCAGUUUUACUUUGGAAAUGUUUUAUCAAUUCCGUGUUGGGCCAAGAAAACUUAUGAUCUUAACGACGAGCCACUUAAUCAAGUGGCUCAAGAAAUCCACGAGAGUCUGAGAGGAAUUUCGAGGAAGGAACAUUUCUUGGGCAUUCUAGAUUGGGUCGAGGCACUUCGACGUCUAAAGUCAAGAGGAACAUUUAGAAUAUCAACUUUUGAAAUGGAGGAUGGACCAAAUUUUAUAUUGUCAUCUGGCCUAAGACUUGAGUUUGAAAAGGUUGAUUUUGGGUGGGGUAAACCUAUUUUGUCUUCAAAUCAUAUGCCAAGUGGAUUUCAAGAGAUAUCAAAAGGUGGCUAUGUGAUGCCCUUGUUGAUCCCAAAUGGAAGUGGUGAUUGGGUGGUGUACAUGCACUUACAUACAUCGCUGCUUGAUUUUAUAGAGACUGAAGCUUCUAAUUUUCUUACACCCUUAACUUUUGAACAUCUAGGAAAAAUAAAUAAUACAAAUCUAAAAAGUAAAAUAUAAAAAGAAAAGUUAUUUGAAUAAUUAAAAUAUAUAUAUCAUACAAAUAAUAAAAAUAAAUAUCUUAUAAGACAUAUAUUUGUA